GGUCAUCUUCUUGAUCCAGAAACCAUGGGAAUAUGGCUAUGGGUGGUGCCAGAGAAAUUCAAAGACAGUACAGGAAGAGAGUUCACAGUUGUUCUGAUGGAUUCUGAAGGCAUCGAUGCAGUUUCCAGCAAACAAUCUGAUGAUCACAGGAUCUUCACUUUGUUAGUUCUGUUGUCAUCUAUCAUGAUUUAUAACUCUGCUGGUGUGCCAAACAGAUCUGAUCUUGAAGGAUUGGACUUCAUUGUCAAAUUGUCCGACCGCAUACAGCUGCACACCAAACAGCAGCCCACCGAUGAUCAGCAUUUCUAUGAAGCCUUUCCUUACUUUGUCUGGCUGUUGAGAGAUGUGAUGCUUUAUCCUCCUACAGGAUGCAAGACGUUCAAAGAUUACUUUAUAAAAUAUCUUCUCAACUGCGAAGCUGAAGGGAACACCGAGAAAGCUAGGAAGACCGCUGAGAGCAUUUUGAAGUAUUUCUCUGGAUUUGAUGCCUUUUCACUUCCUCCUCCUGCUUAUGAUCCAAAGGUUAUAAGAAAUCUCAACGACGAGAAAGUCAAGUCUCAAGUAAACCCAGCAUUUCUUAAGGAAACUGAAGACUUUAAAGCUGUCCUUCACUCGAAGCUGUCGCCCAAGAAGUCGAUCAACAAAGGAGAGUUCGUCACUGGCGAAGCGUUAGCAGCUCUGAUCCAACUGUUCGUAGAGGCACUCAACACCCCUGGUGCUAUACCCAACGUACAAAACGCCUGGGACACAUUUGUACAAACCAAAUGCAGCGAGGUCUUAGCUGAUGCUUUGAAGGUAUACGAAAAGGAAAUGACGUCACUCGUCGCGAACAAAAUUCCUUGUGAAGCCGAUUUGUUACGAUCUGCGCAUGACAACGCCAUGCAAAAGUGCCUUGAAAUGUUCCGCAACGAGACCUUCUCAUUUUCGAUCAAAAGUGUCGACAAGUACUUGAAGAAACUGACGGUAAGUAACGGAGCGCUUUCCAACUAUCUGAAUCAUAACUAA